UGUUCCCGCACGGUCACAUUUGACGGGGGGACCACAGCAGAACGGCAGCAGCGAUGGCUAAAAGUGAUGGAUGCGAUUACUUUAAGAGAACCAGCUUGUUCUGGAUCAUUUCUGUCACAUUUGGGAUGGGACACCUAGCUUGCAUGGUGUUUGCACCGGAAAUAAUUCCCUUCCAGCACCUCGGCCCGUACGGCACCUUCUGCAGAUACCUGCUGGAUAACUAUGCCGGCGUCCUGCAUAAAAUGUGGUGGGCUGCCUGGGCAGUCCAUGUGUUUGAGGCCUGGUUUGCGUUGAGGGUGUGCAGUAAAAAAGGAAUCACCAACACGUCCGCUCGCUGCCUGUGGUGCGUCCAGACCUUUCUGUUCGGCUUCGCCUCCCUCAGCCUGCUCCUCAAGUUCGACCCCGAGCGUCCCAAACAGCACUGACGGCUGCAGGACAAGGACGAGCCCGCAGAACAACACGCUGAGUCCAGCGUCCUGCCUCCUCAAACCCCCUUUGCUAAAUCCUGCUGAGAGGGCGAGCAGAGGAAGACAGUCGAGCCUCUCCUUUAACUAAGUUUUGAAGUGAACACUACAUUUUCUUACUAAGUCUCCAUCUCAUUCCACAGAUGUUCUAACCAUAUAAAGGACAGUUGUAUUUCCUUUAUGAUAAUAUGUUUUUUAAUAUAUAAUAAUAAUGAAACAGAUAAUCUCAGAGAUCUUUUAAUAAACGUGUGCCGAGCUGAAUAUUUAGUGCAAUAGAAGAGGAAUCUUUUCUAAAAUCAUUUUUUACCCUCAUGAUGUUUACAAUCAGCGUGUCUGAUGGAGGUGUGCAGAUUUUCUCAGCUGCUGUGAUAAAAAAUAAUAACGAAGUUUAGUUGUAGAUGGUACAAUCCACGUGUCCUUAAAGCGUGCUGCUGAGUGUGUUAACAACCUUCUCAUUCGCCUUUCUUUUCCCUGAAGUGCUUAGAGUUUAAAUUUCAAACUGUAGGCUGGAAGUCCUGGAUGUUAAUGCUGCAAAAAUAAAGAGUGACUGAACAAACUGCA